AUGCUUGAUUUUGUUGAGCUAAAUGGGGAGACAGCCAAGCAACCUGCAGCUGAGAUCUUAGCUGUCACAGAAAAUUUCACUCUUCAAGAUAAAGUGGUGGCAUUCUCUGCAGACAACACAAACGCCAACUCCGGGGGCCUGAAUAGGAAAGGGGGGGUCAAUGUGCGCACCAAAGUCAAAGAUUCUCUACAGCGAGAGGUGAUUGGCUUGUCCUGCUCACAUCAUCCAUAACGCAACCAGAACAGCAUUGGGCAUCAUCCCAAUUGAUGUUGAGUACCUUCUAACAAAAAUAUUUGGAUAUUUUCACAUUUUUACAGUGAGAGUAGAAAGGCUGAAGAGCUUUUGUGAGUUUGUUGGUCAGAAGUACCACAACAUAUUAGGACACAGCAAUGUUCGCUGGCUGUCCAUGCUUCCUGCACUAGAGAGUGUGCUUAAAAUGUAUGCACCACUCAAAUCAUUCUUUCUCUCUGAAGACAAGUGCCCUGUUGUAUUGCGAAGGAUAUUUGAGGAUCCUAACACAGAGCUGUGGCUCAGCUUUGCCCUUGGAAACCUAGGCAUAUUCAGUGACACCAUUGAAAAACUUGAAGGCCAGGACAGGUGUGCUGUGGAGUCAGCUGCAAUUCUGAAAGACCUUGAAGCUAAACUGACAGCACGACAUCAUGACGACUUUAUCCCUGUCCUGGCCAGAGGACUGCUGAGGGAGCUGGAAGAGAAUGGGGUCAUAACACAACAGUCCUACCUUACAACAUCCCGGGCAUUCUUCUCCACUGCUACUAGUUAUAUCCAGCCAUGGGGGAAGCAUGUUGACAGUCUGAAUGACCUAAACUGUCUCCUCCUAAAGAAGACAGUUCAGCGUCAAGAUAUCAAGAAUGCAGCCACAAGACUAAAAGAGAAGUGCCCCAAUGUCAUCAUCCAUAAUGAUAAUCUCUUUGACGAAAUAUCUGCCCUGCAAGAAUUCCUCAAAAGUGGAUUACUGGAAGAGUGGAGAAAAGCUGAGAGACCCCUCAUUGAGAGGUGGAGUGCCGCAUUUACUCACCUUCAAGAAAAUGAGAUUCCAUACCAUAACCUCGCUAAAUUAGUUUCUUUGGUCAUGUGCUUACCUGGAAGCAAUGCCCCUGUUGAGAAAAUAUUUUCCCUCAUGAAUGACAUCUGGACUUAUGCCAGAAACAGAUUUACUGUUGAUUCCAUCAAGGCCAUGCUUCUAGUGAAGACAAACAUCAACAUCCCUUGUCAGGAGUUCAUGGAGAUGCUGGCCAAAGAUAGGGCCAUCCUGAGGAAAAUACAUUCCUCUGAGAAAUAUGGAAGUUAG